AUGAUCGCUGGCCACUGCGAUCUCGACAUCUUGCUAGAUCCCUUCUUCCUCCACUAUCCGCGCCCACAUGAAGACCGAGUUUGGUAUCCAGGGUUAGGACACUCUAACGACCCAGCUGACUUGCUAGAGGCGUUGGACAUGGCAGACCAAGAGGAUCCUUGGCGCAACCAGUUCCGUAACGCCUAUUGGGAUCAUCCCGGAUCGCAGAUCCCUCGUCUGCAGGACAAGUUCAAACCUGCUCCAUCGUCUUAG